AUGUUGUAUUUCUUUUUCAUUUUAGCUCUGUCUUUCCCAUUAGUAAUAUCGUACACUACAAAACCGCCAUGCUGUCGUGACCACUUAGGAGCAGCUGCUUGUUCGAAGCUAAUGCAUCAGAAUACACGGCUUUUUGCAAAGAGAUGUAAUUCAGAUGCGGAGUUCAGACUAAUUCAGUGCUGCUCUUCUUGCAAUACUGAUGGCGUUGGGAUGGCAUAUGACUUGAUUGCUCGCUCUCUUGUCUCUGAACAUUGUUUUGACAGAUACGGUCCUGGAUUCUGUGACAGGUUGAGAUCCCCUCCCCCACUCUCAAAUACUCCGCAUAACACGUGGUCGUGUGACGGCGAAAAUCCUCAAAUUGCUUUCCGUACAUGUCGUAAAUCGUGUGGCUACUGCAAUUUCAGCGUCGUUCAGUACACAUUGGAUAAUGCGCUUCAGGCGUGUCGUGUUCAACCAGUGGCUGAGGAGAAGCGAAGAUGGAGAGUAAAGUUUUAUAGUUCAACUACAACAACAACAUCAUCACCGUCACCAAUGGAGGUCAUAAACUCGACCUAUCAAUUUUGGAACCAUAAUUAG